GGUCGAGGCCUUGCGCAUGCGCUGCUGUUGUAGGUAGGACAGGAAAGGGCCCGGUUUGACCUACAGGAGGAGAAGAUGGCGGCGGCAGCGGGGUUGUCUCAGAAGGUCCGUCACUUCAGUACCUCUCUAAUCAGACCAGUAUCAAAAUUGGUACAGCCACCAAUUCAAGUAUAUGGGCUGGAAGGCCGAUAUGCCACUGCACUCUACUCUGCUGCUUCUAAGCAGAAGAAGUUGGAACAGAUAGAGAAAGAGCUGGCUCGAGUUAUGGCACUUAUGAAGGAUCCUAAACUAUCUGGCAUUGUCAUGAACCCUCACAUAAAGAGUGUAGUAAAGCAAAAGACUGUGAAUGAUGUUUUACUUAAAGAGAAACUGUCACCUGUCACCGUCAACUUUAUCAAUGUGCUUGCUGAAAAUGGUCGCUUGCGUUACACUCCAGGUGUAAUUUCUGCAUUUGGUAAGAUUAUGAGUGCAUACCGUGGAGAAGUACUAUGCUCUGUAACCACUGCUCAGCCCUUGGAUGAAGCCCAUCUUCCUGAGUUGAAGACAGCUUUGAAUGGCUUUUUAGCUAAAGGAGAAGUACUGAAAUUGGAGACAAAGAUUGAUCCAACAAUCCUGGGAGGAAUGAUUGUCAGCAUUGGAGAUAAAUACGCUGACAUGUCUACAAAGACCAAGAUUCAGAAAUUAAGCAAGAUCAUGAAAGAGACUGUCUAGCAUUCACCCUGAGAUGUUUUUUCAUUAAAGCCUUUUCAGUUCUAUGAUGGAAACAAUAAAAAUGGGUCUCCUUAA